CUUCUUCCUCUUGCGGGUCCCCGCCGGCCGGCCAGCCUGGGCUGUCCGAGCUCCGCCAAGGAGGACUGGAACUUUUUAUUUUCAGCUCUCUGCCUGGGGCGAAUGGUGGGAGUCUCCGGUCCUUUGCAGUAUGAUCCUUGCUCGAUAUGAGCUCAUGUGAUCAAGAGCGCUUGAAAUGUAAUGUUUUCAACCUAGACAGUAUGGAUCGAAACUGUAAAUCACGGAAAGCGCUGUAGGCAUAUUUUUCUCACAGAUAUAUUUCAGAAAAGAUUGAUCUCUGGGCUGGUGAACGUAAUAUCUGUCCCAGUCAGAAAAGGAGAGGAAAUUAGCAGGACGAUUGGUGGAGAAUGAUAUCUGUCAAAAGAAACACUUGGAGAGCACUGAGUUUAGUAAUAGGUGACUGCCGGAAAAAAGGGAACUUUGAAUUUUGCCAAGAUCGCAUUGAGAAGCAUUCCACAAUGCCAGACUCACCUGUGGAUGUGAAGACGCAGUCCAGGCUGACGCCCCCAACAAUGCCACCUCCUCCCACCACCCAAGGAGCCCCAAGAACCAGCUCUUUCACACCCACAACGUUAACCAAUGGCACAAGCCAUUCACCAACAGCACUAAAUGGGGCUCCUUCUCCACCUAAUGGCUUUAGUAACGGCCCAUCAUCUUCCUCCUCAUCGUCCCUGGCUAAUCAGCAGUUACCACCAGCUUGCGGAGCUAGGCAGCUUAGCAAACUGAAGAGAUUUCUCACAACCUUACAGCAGUUUGGCAAUGACAUUUCACCAGAGAUUGGGGAGAGAGUGCGUACCCUCGUGCUAGGACUUGUGAAUUCUACUUUGACAAUUGAAGAAUUUCAUUCCAAACUACAAGAAGCUACUAACUUCCCACUGCGACCUUUUGUCAUCCCAUUUUUGAAGGCCAAUCUGCCCCUGCUACAGCGGGAGCUCCUGCACUGUGCAAGGUUGGCCAAGCAGAACCCCGCCCAGUACCUCGCUCAGCAUGAGCAGCUGCUUCUGGAUGCCAGCACCACCUCACCUGUUGACUCCUCAGAGCUGCUUCUCGAUGUGAACGAAAACGGGAAGAGGCGAACUCCAGACAGAACCAAAGAAAAUGGCUUUGACAGAGAGCCUUUGCACUCAGAGCAUCCAAGCAAGCGGCCCUGCACUAUUAGCCCAGGCCAGCGGUACAGUCCAAAUAAUGGUUUGUCUUACCAGCCCAAUGGUCUGCCUCACCCCACUCCGCCUCCACCUCAGCAUUACCGUUUGGAUGAUAUGGCCAUCGCCCACCACUACAGGGACUCAUACAGACACCCCAACCACAGGGACCUCAGGGACAGAAACAGACCUAUGGGGUUGCAUGGCACACGUCAAGAAGAAAUGAUUGAUCAUAGGCUAACAGACAGAGAAUGGGCAGAAGAAUGGAAACACCUCGACCAUCUUUUAAACUGCAUCAUGGACAUGGUGGAAAAAACAAGGCGAUCUCUCACUGUGCUACGGCGAUGUCAAGAAGCUGACCGGGAGGAACUUAAUUACUGGAUACGGCGGUACAGCGAUGCAGAAGAUUUAAAAAAAGGCAGUGGUAGCAAUCACUCCAGGCAGCAGAGUCCAGUGAAUCCAGAUCCUGUCCCUUUAGACUCACAUCGAGAAUUCCUUCACAGGCCUGCUUCUGGAUACGUGCCAGAGGAGAUCUGGAAGAAAGCUGAGGAAGCAGUCAAUGAAGUAAAACGUCAAGCAAUGACUGAGCUGCAGAAGGCAGUGUCGGAGGCAGAACGGAAAGCCCAUGAUAUGAUUACUACGGAGAGAGCUAAGAUGGAACGCACAGUCGCAGAGGCCAAGCGGCAGGCAACAGAGGAUGCACUAGCUGUGAUCAAUCAGCAAGAGGAUUCUAGUGAGAGUUGCUGGAACUGUGGCCGUAAAGCUAGUGAAACCUGCAGCGGUUGCAACACGGCGCGAUACUGUGGCUCAUUUUGCCAGCAUAAGGACUGGGAGAAACAUCACCACAUCUGUGGACAGACACUUCAAGCCCAGCAGCAAGGAGAGACACCAGCAGUCAGCUCCUCCGCAACGCCCAACAGUGGAGCCGGGAGCCCGAUUGACACACCACCAGCAGCUACUCCUCGGUCAAACACCCCUGGGACUCCGUCCACCAUAGAAGCAACUCCUCGCUAAGACUGAACUGCAGAACUACUAAAAACAAAAACAAACAAAAACACAAAACAAAAUUCCUCAUCCUCAGAUGCUCAAAGGUUUUUACUGAACUGUCACGUUUCAAUACUGCAAAAGAACUUAAACUGUAUCUUGAGGUAGAAGUAAAAAUAAAAAAUAAAAAAAAUACAGAAGGCCAGUAACGGGUCAUAAUGACUUCUUCUGGAAAACAAAGAUACCUUUCCUUUAGGAAACUGAGAAGAGCAGAUAAUUUUAACACAUACAAAAUGAUAGAUUUGACCUCCUCCCUGUUAUUUUCCAGUGGCUGGGAUUUUAAACUAGAUGACCUCAUUAACAGAUGCUUUACCAAACAGCAAACCAAGAGAUUGCUAAUUGCUGUUGAAAGCAAAAAUGCUAAUAAUAUAAAGUCACAAUGUUCUUUAUAACAAUAAUGGGAUUUAAUAAAAAAAUGCGAGAGAGAGAGAGAGAUGAGAGAGAGAGAGAGAAAUAAAGAAAGAGAGAGAGAGAAAAAACCCUCAAGGGCAUGAGCAUUGGAUAAAACAGCAGCAGAUAUAUUAAGAAGAAGAUGUAUAGUGUCCGUGGGUUACUGACUGAACUCUGAAGGCCCGCAUCAAAAACGCGCAGAUGUGCAGCAGAUUGGAAGGAGACACAGAUGUUCAUUUUUUUUCUUGUUUCUGAAUGAAAUAUAAUAAUAUCCAGGUCAACAGAAUGAAAAAUGGAAGAUGAUUUGCAGUGGGAUGUAGGACUUAAAAAAAAACAGCAGUAAAGGGGGGGAAAUUGCCAUCUUACAAAACGGCUCCUCUUCCUUUCCGUUCUUUGUUUUGUUUGGGGUUUUUUUUUCGUUUUCGUUUUUGUUUCUUGUUUUCUUGUUUAGUACAGAAAUAAGGACACAGCCUGCAGUUAAUUAGCAUUUUGGCAGCUACAACAUCAACCAGCUGCCUCUACCCACCCAAAAAAAUAUAAAGCUUAAAAAAAAUUCCUUCACUUUUUUACAAGGUUCCACAGAGUAAGACAAUCGGGUCUAUUCAACCUCAUUCAUUUUUUGUAUCAACAACGACGAUAAAUAACAGUGACUCCAGCUCCAGAACCCUUCCAAAAUUCUUUCCAUCCCAUCCUGUCUGGGUUUUUAAUAAAGAAAAAAAAAGAUAUAUUAAAAAUGGGG